AUGGAAGAGGCCGUUUUGAGCAGCCCCACAGAGCAGGAAUCCAAUGGGGAGGAAAAGCCCCAGAGAUCCUGCAGGAGGAGGGGCUCCAAACCCAUCCCAGGGUGCUCUGAGGAGGAAAGACCCACCCUGUGCCGGGAAGGCGGCCGGAGAUCCAGCCAGGGCUCUGAGCUGGUGGUGCAUGAGCAGCUUCAGGAAGGGGAGAAGCCCUACAAGUGCUUGGAGUGUGGGAAGAGCUUCAGCCAGAGCAGCAAACUGAUCUGCCACCAGAUGAUCCACACUGGGGAAUGGGCCUACGAAUGUAGGGAAUGUGAGAAGGGCUUCAGCUGCAACUCCAAACGCAUCAUCCACCAGCGCAUCCACACUGGGGAGAGGCCCUAUGAGUGUCCUGAGUGUGGGAAGAGGUUUCAUAGCAGCUCCCAUCUCCUCAAGCACCAGCAGAUUCACACGGAUGAGAGGCCCUUCCGCUGCCCCGACUGUGGGGAGGGCUUCAAGCGAAACUCCCACCUCAUCAGGCACCAGCGCAUCCACACUGGGGAGAGGCCCUACGAGUGUGGGGAAUGUGGGAAGAGCUUCAGCCACAGCUCCAGCCUGAUCCGCCACCAGAGGAUCCACACUGGGGAACGUCCCUAUGAGUGUGGGGAAUGUGGGAUAACCUUCAGAUGGAGGUCCCAACUCAUCAUUCACCAGAUGAUCCACACUGGGGAGAGGCCCUAUGAGUGUCCUGAGUGUGGGAAGAGGUUUCAGACCAGCUCCGCUCUCCUCCUGCACCAGCGGAUUCACACAGAUGAGAGGCCCUUCCACUGCCCUGACUGUGGGGAGGGCUUCAAGCACAACUCCACCCUUGUCAGGCACCGGCACAUCCACACUGGGGAGAGGCCCUACGAGUGUCCCCAGUGUGGGAAGAGCUUCUCAGACAGGUCUAACUUGACCAGACAUCAACGGAGGCACCGGUAAGGGAAGCCCUGCGAGUGCCCCAAG